CAAAAACAAACAAAAAACCCUCCGGCUUCGAAGGAUAAUGGGGACCCCGGCCCCCUCCGCUCCUGGUCUCCAUGGACCUCUUCAUCUUCCAGAUUUUACGAACUGCAGAAAUCUGAGUGCCAAGCAACAUUAACAUUUUGCUUAACAAAAUUUAGAGUAUUUUAUUUACGAGCUCCCAUUUACUUGCCCCUUUUUCUUAAGCUGCUGGGGUGAACGGGGUGUUUUUGGAGGAAAGGGUUUCGUCAAAAUUGCUCAAUAACCUGAAAAGGGAUACUAUGUAUCAGGCUUUCCCUAGCACCAGAAAUCUGUCCCCUAGGGGACCUUCACCAGCAGAAGACGUUACUAAAGCAUAGAAACUGAAAAGGGCAGGGAUAUUAGUUACUAAAACAUUGAAACUGAAGAGGGUAGCAGGAAGGAAGACUAAGCUGUCUUUAGCCAAGUAGUUUAUCUCCACUGCACAGAACUAAGAGGUGUAGUACCCAAGUAAGUAAGGAGAGACGCGGAAUAUCUAAGCCUGUGUUCUGCCUCUAAAUGCAUUCAAACUAUGCUUUGGUUCUCAGUUCGCGACAACCCCCUCCCCAUAUUUCGUGUAGGAGUCAUUGCAUAUAUAUUGGACAGUAGGGCCAGGAAGGUCCCACAAAGCUCAUGAAAAGCAAACUAAUUACUAAGAGAUCUAAGCCAUCGCGAAGAGAACACGACAUCCCCAACUUAGAAGUGAGGAUCCCUCCACCCUCGCCCCGCUGCGCACCACACAGUUUCCUUUCACCCAAUCAGAGCGCACUUUUCGCAUUGUGACGGCCUUCGAGCCCCGCCCUUCAGACUGUGAUAAAAAGCGAAGACCGAAGGCAGCGCCAAUCAGCGCGGGGCCCGCCGCGGGGACGGCCUCACCUUCCAGGAUGAAGAACCCGAUGCUGGAGGUGGUGUCCCUGCUCCUGGAAAAGCUGCUUCUCCUCUCCAACUUCAAACUGUUCAGCUGGAUCGCGGCCCCGGGGGAAGAGCAAUCGCCGCCACCACAGCCACAGCAGCCGUCGACUUCGCAGCAGCAGCCGCAGGGCAAAGGGAGCUUCUACGACAUCGGUUCCUUCCUCCGCGGUGACGUGCUGGAGGUGCCCCGGACUCAUCUGACCCACUACGGCAUCUAUCUGGGGGACAACCAAGUCGCCCACCUGAUGCCCGACAUCCUACUAGCGCUGACCGACGACAAACUGCUGAUCCAGAGGGUGGUGUCCAAUAAGAGGCUGAUCUUGGGAGUCAUCGGCAAGGUCGCUAGCAUCCGGGUGGACACGGUGGAGGACUUCGCCUACGGCGCCAACGUUCUGGCUAACCACCUGGAUGAGUCGCUGCAGAAGAAGGCGCUGGUGAACGAGGAGGUGGCACGCCGGGCAGAGAAGCUGCUGGGCAUGACCUCCUAUAGCCUCCUGUGGAACAACUGCGAGCACUUUGUGACCUACUGUAGAUACGGUGCCCCAGUCAGCCCCCAGGCAGACAAGUUUUGUGAGAACGUGAAGAUAAUAAUCCGGGACCAGAGAAGUGUCCUCGCUUCGGCCAUCCUGGGAUUGGCAUCCAUAGUCUGUCUAGGCUUGGCACCUCACACCACUCUUCCUGCCAUUUUUAUUCCAUUCUGCUUAUGGAUGGCUGGCUAAACCUACCAAUCCUGUGUCAGUGUGUGUAUUCUAAAUCUAUGAUAUAUUUAUAGAGCACAAAUCAGUAUAAGCAUUGUGUAAAGAAAAAAAUGUGACCUGUAACAUUGUGUUCUGGAUAAAGAUGUGAUUAAGAGUCACACAAAGUGCUUACUGUGUAAAGCCAAAGAGCCAGGCUGGCUUUCUGAAUCAUUUUCAGGCAGCUAAGUUUUGUAAAGCACCUUCCAAACCUUGGAAACAUAGCAUCUUGUGACCAAGUACUGUUGUAAAGCUUCACUUUCCUACCAAGGUAGACACAAUACCACAGGAGAAGACUGGUAAUAUAUAUAUUUUUUUUUUUUGGCUCUUGUAAUUACUACUCUUUUAUGUCAGGCCCAUAUUUGAGGGUUAAAAAGGUUCUGAUGUCUAAUACAAACUGUUACUCUCAUUACUGUUUUAAGUUCAAUGCAGGUUAUAGGAAUGGGACAGGAUAAUAAACUAAAAACCAUUCCCCUGAUUCAGAAGGAAAUGUCCAUAUGUUUUUCAUUAUGUUUUCUUUUCUGUUAAGUGUCCCUGCAGUCAAUUGAAAUCACUUGAGGGGAUAUAAGUUUGAAGUACUUUGGUAAGGAGGCCUUUUAAUAAAGUGUGCCAGUGUAUCAGGGAAGAGGAACCUUCAGAAUGUAGCUUUAUUCAUCCUUGUAAUAGGACCAAGAUGGGAGCAAAUUUGUUGGAUAAUGACACUGACAUACCUUUAUUUAACAUUUACAAAGAUCCUGUUUCUUGAAUCUUUUUGGUUAACCUGGACAAGUCCUAUUGUCGAGCAUUUUCAGUGGUGUAGUACCCCAUUUGGAUUUUUCUUGGUGAAGAUACUGGAGAGGUUUGCCAUUUCCUUCUGCCUUAUUUUACAGAUGAGUAGGUUACAUGGUUUGCCUGGGGUCACACAGCUAGUAAAUAUCUCAGGCUAGAUUUGAACUCAUGAAGAUUUGAGUCUUCUUGAUUCCAGAGCCACUGUAUUUGGUUAGCGAGUAAAAGCAUUUAUAGUAUGCCCCCUCUCAUUUUAAAAACAACAAAACCCCUGCUCAUUCAGGAUUCUAUUCAGGAUUUCCUUCCCAGGAUUUUGCUCAGUAUUACUAACUUAUUUUUAAAAUGCCACUGCAAUGACAAAAUCAAAUGUGGGGCUUUUAGUAUGUGAGAUAAGGACUAGAUCCGAGGCAUUUACUAGGAUUGGUGCCAGUUUGAAAAAAAUCAGGUUGUUUUUGUGAUGAGUUCAGUGAGAAAGGGUCUUAAUAAAACAACUAUCUGAAUUUUUUUUUUGACAAGAUCUGCAACAUUAAAAACGAAUCCUCAACCUAAAGUAGGCUUUUUCCUUAGAACUGUUUACCAAAACAUUAAAAGCGGUUAGUUGUAAAUUGUUGAUGUGAGUCACAUAAUUACUGGAUCUUUGGUUAGUAAGUAAUGCUAUAAAUCAGCAAAAAUAAAAGGACUGUUUUUUUAAAAUCUUUUUGUCCCAGACACUAACUUAUCUACAACUUUGAUUGAGUUGUUACUAAAAAAAAAAAAUGAAAAUGAAAACUGUAAAAGAUGAAUGUGUUCUAUGUUGAACCUACCAUGAAAUCAACAUCUGAAGAUGUUUAUUAUGUAUGUAUAAAAGCAGUGGCCACAAGAAUUUCACUAGUGGUUGGUGAUUUACUUUAUAUGUAACAUGUGGUAACUGUAACAAUUGCGUAUAAUUAAAUAAAAAUUCAUUUUUAAAAUGUGGUUUCAAACA